ACGUGGCACAGCGCUGCGGCAGUUCCGCUGAAUGUCCGCUUCUGAUUACGCGACCGAGAAGGGAUUAGUGAGAAACACCCCGGGACGACAGCGGCUUCACAGUUUCUCGGCCAGCGGCUUUAACUGUUUGCCCCGAGCAUAGGGAAGCCUUAGUAUUCUCAACUCGUUGGAGAUUUAGGGAUGUACUGAAGAUGAAUGUAAACCAGCACACUCCUAUGGCCUCUCCUUAUGGCCAGCCCCAAGCAGGCUAUGGCCAGCCUGGCUACGCUCCACUGGACGGGGGCUACUCUGCCCCCUAUGCACCCUACAACGGCCCAGCUUCAGCAUACCAACCUGGGGUUCCUCCGCAGGGUUAUUCCCCUUUUACAAGCUUUCCCUCUAAGGCUGUGGCAGCCAACCCAGUCUCUGACCUCUGUUCUCCUCUUGACUUAGGUGCAACCAGAGGUCCUCCUACUUCUGGACCGCCUCCAGCCUCUGCACCACAGUCCUAUAAUCAGUACAGUCAAAACCAAGGGGAGAUGCAGAAUGGACCCCCUCCUAUGACACAGGCACCACCCAGGUCUGCUGCGUCUCAGCCAUACAACCAGGGAGCUGUGAACUUGUCAGGAGCAAACCUCUCCUAUCCCCAACACUAUGGGCCCCCACCCACUAUGCAGCAGGUCACCAACCAGAUGACUGCGAUGCAGAUCGCCUCUGGGCCACCAACCCCUGCAGGACCAGGAUAUGCUCCAGCUCCAGCUCCCAGCUCCCAGCCUCCUGUCAGUACCGCCUACUCAACUGCACCACCACCCUCCUACACCCAAGCCCCCCCACCAGCGUCCUCUGCUCCAACUCAGCCACCACCUGUUCGCGCCCCUGCCGUUUCUCAGCAAUAUUAUGGAGGCCCACCAGCUCAACCCCAACAGCCGUUCAACUCUUCUCUCCCCCCUACCUCUCAGCAGCAGUUUACCUCCUGUGCAGCACCUCCUCCUUCUGCUCAGCAGACAUUUCCACCCUCCUCCUACUCAGGUCCAGUGCCUCCCCCCAGCCAACCUCCAGCACCCCAAGUGUCUCAGCCACAGCAGUCCUUCCCCCCAGCCCAGCCCCCUUUCUCCUCAGCACCCCCACCUGUCAGUCAACCUGCCUUUGGCUCCGGACCACCCCCUCCUGCCCAGGGGUCCUUCCCACCCAGAGCACCACCUCCUUCCCAGCCUGGUUCUUUUUCUCCCCCGGCUCCCCUUCCAACCACAUCUCCCUCUGCCCAGUAUCCCGGCCAUUUUCCACCCCAACAGCAACCCCCUUCGUCUCAGCCAUCUCCUUAUCACUCAGGUCCACCUCCUCCUAGGGCUCAGAUGCCUCCCACUUCAAUGGCUCAGAGCAACCACAUGCCUCCUGGACCUUUGCAGCAGCCCCCAUCCCAGCCUGGCAUGCAGGGAACAUACCCUCCCCAGCAGAAUGGUGCAUUUGGGCAAGUAAGAGGCCCUCAGCCUGGCUAUGCAGGCCCUUAUCCUGGGCAACCACACUAUGGGUCACCUGCACCAGCACCAACUUCUGCUCCACCUGCACAAAAGAGACUCGACCCAGAUGCCAUCCCUAGCCCGCAAGCGUCUGACAUGCCGGCUGUGCAGAAAUCAAGACAUAGAAUAGAUCCAGACGCUAUUCCCAGCCCAAUCCAGGUAAUAGAGGAUGAUAAGGCAAAGUGCAAUGAGCCAUUCACUACAGGGGUUAGAGGUCAGGCUCCUCCACUGGUCACCACCAAUUUCCAGGUGAAGGACCAAGGGAAUGCCAGUCCCAGGUAUAUUCGCUGUACGGCCUACAAUAUGCCGUGCACAGCCGAUAUGGCCAAGCAGUCUCAGGUGCCACUGGCUGCUGUUGUUAAGCCCCUUGCCACACUGCCACCAGACGAGACCCCUCCAUACUUGGUGGACCAUGGUGAGAGUGGUCCGAUCCGUUGCAACCGCUGCAAAGCCUACAUGUGUCCAUACAUGCAGUUCAUAGAAGGGGGUCGCCGCUUCCAAUGUGGGUUUUGCAGCUGUGUCACAGAGGUGCCUGCACAUUAUUUCCAGCAUCUGGACCACACUGGAAAGAGGAUGGACUGCUACGACAGGCCGGAGCUUUCGCUGGGCAGCUAUGAGUUCUUAGCAACUGUUGACUACUGUAAGAACAAUAAGCUUCCUCAGCCUCCAGCCUUCAUCUUCCUUAUUGAUGUGUCCUACAACGCUGUGAAGAGCGGCAUGGUCAGCAUUGUCUGCCAAGAACUCAAGACCCUCCUAGACUACCUGCCGAGGGAGAACCCAGAAGUGGACUCUGUGGUGCGGGUGGGUUUUGUCACCUACAACAAGGUUUUGCACUUCUACAAUGUCAAGUCGACCUUGGCUCAGCCCCAGAUGCUGGUGGUGUCUGACCUUUCUGACAUGUUUGUACCGCUGCUCGAUGGCUUCCUCGUCAACGUAAACGAGAGCCGACUAGUCAUCGAGAGUUUGCUGGACCAGAUCCCAGAGAUGUUUGCAGACACCAGGGAAACUGAGACUGUUUUUGGACCCGUCAUCCAGGCAGGACUAGAAGCACUUAAGGCUGCAGACUGUGCAGGGAAGCUGUUUGUGUUUCACACCUCUCUGCCAAUCACGGAGGCUCCUGGAAAACUCAAGAACAGAGAAGACAAGAAGCUAAUUGGCACAGAUAAGGAGAAGACAUUGUUUCAGCCCCAGGUGGGGUUUUACAACACUCUUGCCAAGGAGUGUGUCGCCCAGGGCUGCUGCGUCGAUCUCUUCCUCUUCCCCAACCAGUAUGUGGAUGUUGCCACGUUAGGAGUGGUUCCUGUCUCCACUGGAGGUUCAGUCUACAAAUACACCUACUUCCAGGCUCAGUCGGACCAGGAGCGGUUCCUGAACGACCUCAGACGCGAUGUUCAGAAACUUGUCGGGUUCGAUGCAGUCAUGAGGGUGCGAACAAGCACAGGUAUCAGAGCGACAGACUUCUUUGGCUCCUUCUACAUGAGUAACACCACAGAUGUGGAGCUGGCAGGCCUGGACUGUGAUAAGGCCAUUACCGUCGAGUUCAAACACGAUGAUAAGCUAAGCGAGGAGACGGGGGCACUCAUGCAGUGUGCUGUGCUGUACACCAGCUGCAGUGGCCAAAGGCGUCUCCGUAUCCACAACAUGGCUGUCAACUGCUGCUCUCAGCUGGCUGACCUCUACCGCAACUGUGAGACCGACACAAUCAUCAACUUCAUCGCCAAAUAUGCUUUCCGUGGCAUCCUGAACAAUCCCACAAAGGCGGUGAGAGACACGCUGAUCAACCAGUGUGCUCUGAUUCUGGCCUGCUACCGAAAGAACUGUGCAAGCCCCUCAUCGGCUGGUCAGCUGAUCCUCCCAGAGUGCAUGAAGCUGUUACCCGUCUAUCUGAACUGUGUGCUGAAGAGUGACGUGCUGCUGCCGGGAGCCGAUGUCUCGUUAGACGACCGGGCUUACCUGAAGCAGCUGAUCGGCUGCAUGGACGUGGCAGAGACCCAACUCUUCUUUUACCCCCGCCUGUUGCCUCUGGUGAAGUUAGAAAGUGGAUCAUUGCCGGUGGCCGUGAGGGACUCGGAGGAGAGGUUGUCUAAAGGUGGCGUGUACCUUCUGGAGACUGGGCUGCACCUCUUCCUCUGGGUGGGAGCCAGCGUUCAGCAGGAGCUGCUGCUCAGCAUCUUCGGCACGCCGAGCUUCAGCCAGAUUGACUCAAGCAUGGCCAGUCUGCCUGUGCUGGACAACCCGAUCUCUCAGAGACUCAGAGAACUUAUUGACUCAUUCAGAGCACAGCAAUCACGAUACAUGAAGCUGAUGGUGGUGAAACAGGAGGACAGAUCCGAGCUGAUAUUCAGGCACUUCCUGGUUGAGGACAAGAGCGCCAGCGGAGGAGCGUCAUAUGUGGACUUCUUGUGUCACAUGCACAAGGAGAUCCGCCAGCUUCUCAGCUAGAGCCCCUCCCCAGACUCGCCCCACCACCUAAAAGACCCCCCACACUAACCCCUACCUGGUUCACUCUCGUUGCAAAAGACAGACAGAAAGCGCUUUAUCGUUUUGUUUUGUUUUGUUUCUUAACCCAAUAAACUAAAGCUAUCCUUGUCGUCUGUCAGCUGAGCACCAGAGACCAGCUGGCAGAGCUCAUUGUGUUUUAGUGAGAGAGCGAUUGUGCGUGCAUGAUGGAGAGGAUCUGAUGUUGAUAGAGCUAUACUCUGCCUCAAAUCAACUGCUCCACAGCAGGAACCGACGAGGAAGGGUGAUGUACAUAAACAAUUAUGAACAAUUACGUAUGCAACAGACUGCUUGAGUGAUGGAGACGCCUGAUGCUGAGUAGUCGCUGUGCUGUCUGUGUUAACAGCCCUGAAGGCUGUUUCGGGUGCAUAAACAACCCUCACAUAGCAUUUUUAUAUAAGUGGCUCCCAAUAGAGCAGGGGCUUCUCCAUACAAAGACAUUAAUAGAAUUAAAUAAAUUCUGUUUCUGCCUCUCCUCCCCUUUAAUCAUGGCCUUAGCAACCCCCCACCCCCCCAGCGCUGCUUUAAUCACCCAUGAAAUGUGUGUUUUGUUCAUAGAUGUGAGAGCAUUAGAUCAGUGUCUCCAGGUGCGAGCAUUCACAUUUAAGCCCCAGGUGAACGAAUCAAACUGGAUUCUGAAGAGUUUGUACCCGCAGGAAAAAUUUCCUGUUUUCUGUCCACAGAUGUGACCAGUUAUUACACUAAUUGGUUUAAUCCAGAUUUGCUUAAAUCUGCUUCAGCUGGGUUUUACUUAGUAAUGCAAACAUCUGGCUCCAGUGUUAGGUCACAGAUGGACUACAUGUAUUUUUAAUAGUCGCCAUGUUUCUGGCAUAAGAGUUCAAGUCUAUGCAGCACUGCAAAAUAAAUAAAAAAAAUAACAGCCAUAGAUGUUUGAUUUCAGCAUCAGAGCGAUAGGAAGCAUUGGUUUCUGUGGUGGGGUCGGCUUAUUUGUAGUGCUGCAGACUGUAAUGAACGUUGAUGUCCUCACUUCUAAAGAAAACCCAUUUCCUGCAGACAGAAGUGAGCACAGAGUGACGGCGAAUAAAUGGGCAUGAGCUAGUGUGUGCGACUUGGGUUGUCUCUGCACUGGCAGUUCAGUGUGUAAAUAAAAUAUAUAAUCUGUAAUAGAAAUGAAUUUUAAAGAUCUGCCUGAACAGCUGUGUGUGUUGUUGAUGGUUGGUUUCUCUGUCGCAAAUAGGCGAAAUCUAAAAUCGUGGCUUUUACUGAGCAGGGGAGGACGCAGAGACUGACUGGCUGUUUCAUACGUGUGUGUGUGAGGUGUGAGCGUGUCUGUGUGAAUGUGCGGUCGGUCCUGGUGAAUUUCUUCUGAGGAACAGAGGGAUCAGCCAGCACACACUACCAACGGGAAUAAUUUCAGUCUCCAUUUAUCACUUUCUGUUCCUUUUUUUAACAUUGAGACGUCAGUGUUUGUUUGGUGUGUGUGUGUGUGUGCCGCCCUCUGUUCCGUCUUUAAGUUCACUGAUUUCGAUUCACCCACCGUCUUGACUGUAAUCCCACUUUCUGUUCCCUAUUUACUUUGAUUUCUUUUUCAUGGCCUCAUGGGACUGCGAAUAAAAUGAUUGUUAAAAGGUAAA